UUCAAAUAAAAUGGGGAGGGAAAGAGAGGAAACUAUAAAGGAUCAAAAUGGCUGAUUCUUGAACCCAAAGCUUCAAUAUCACCUACUUCCUGCCAACCUUAUCUUUUAAGCAAAACCUUAAUCUGAAGCUCUCACCCCACCACAAUGAUUCUCACUCAAUCUCUCUCCCUCCCCCACACUGACUAAUCCCUUCCCACUUUCCUCUCAAUCUUUAAUUGUUAAUCGAUGGACUUCUCUCACUAGGUGUUAAACUUUCUCUCUGAGCUCCUCCCAUUUCAGAGGAACUAUCAGAUGGGGUCAAUCCAAACACCCAUCACAAUGCGAAGCUCCGCAAUACUAGAAAGUUCUUGCGGCUACUUGCUUCAAGAAUUGCAGAUGAUCUGGGAUGAAGUAGGAGAAGAUCAGUAUGAAAGAGAGAAGGUUCUACUAGAUCUAGAACAGGAGUGUCUCGAAGUUUAUCGACGAAAAGUUGAUAGUGCAAAUAUUUCAAGAGCACGCCUGCAUCAGGAGUUGGCAGAGUCUGAGGCUGAAUUUACUCAUCUUCUUUUGUCCCUCGGAGAACGGUCUCUUCCUGGACGGCCAGAAAAAAUGGCAGGAACACUGAAGGAGCAGCUAGAUUCAAUCACCCCAGUUCUACGUGAGAUGCAGCUGAGGAAGGAAGAAAGGAUGAACCAGUUUCGAGCUGUACAAGGGCAGAUUCAGAAAAUUUCUGCAGAAAUUGCAGGUCAAUCAGAGUAUGAUGACUCAUCGUCAACUGUCAUAGUGAAUGAAAACGAUCUUUCACUGAAGAAACUUGAGGAGUACCAAAUUGAGCUACAAAGGCUACACAAGGAGAAGAGUGACAGGCUCCAGAGAGUGGAAAAAUACAUAAGUACAGUUCAAAACCUGUCUACAACAUUGGGGAUGGAUUCAUCUGUGAUCAUCACAAAGGUUCAUCCAAGCUUGAAUGAAUUGUGUGGAAUAUCUAAAAACAUAAGUGACAGUAUUCUGGCUAAACUCAACAGCACCGUGGAGUCUCUUGAGGAAGAAAAGAAAACACGGCUUGAGAAGCUUCACCAUCUCGGUAAAGCAUUGACAAACUUGUGGAAUCUUAUGGACACACCCUAUGAAGACAGGCAGUUAUUUUCUCAUGUUACCAAAUUAUUAUCUGUCUCAUCAGCAGAAAUAUCUAAUCCUGGAAGCCUCACCCUCGAUACAAUAAAGCAGGCUGAGGCUGAAGUGGAGAGACUGGAUCACCUAAAAGCAAGCAAGAUGAAAGAGCUUUUCCUUAAGAAACAAAUUGAGCUUGAGGAAAUAUGCAAUAGAUCACACAUGGAGAUACCUUCACAGUCAGAGAUGGACAACAUAAUGAACCUUAUUAACUCUGGGGAGAUUGACCACGCUGAUCUCCUCAUGAGCAUGGAUGAACAGAUAUCAAGAGCUAGAGAAGAAGCUUCUAGCAGGAAGACAAUAAUGGAGAAGGUGGAAAAGUGGAUGUUAGCACGUGAUGAGGAGCGCUGGUUGGAAGAAUACAUGAGAGAUGAGAACCGAUAUUCAGUUAGCAGAGGUGCUCACAGGAACCUAAAACGUGCAGAACGAGCACGGAUUACAGUUAACAAACUCCCUGCUCUAGUGGAUCUGUUGAUAGCCAAGACUAAGAGUUGGGAAGAAGAAAGAACAAAGGUUUUCUUGUAUGAUGAGGUGCCUCUGCUAGCAAUGUUAGAAGAGUACAAUUUGUCAAGGCAGGAAAGAGAAGAAGAGAAGCAAAGACAAAGGGAGAAGAAGAAAGUGCAAAGCCAAGUGGUAGUUGAACAAGAAAAUUUGUUUGGGUCCAGGCCAAGCACCAGCAGUCGCCGCCUUUCAAACAUGAGCUUGAAUGGAGGUUUUAGCACCGCUACUGCUUUAAAUAGAAGGCUCUCCCUGGGUAUCCAGCAGUUGGGUUCAAACAGCAUCAACUCACCAACUCAAGGCUUAUCCUUCAUAAAGGAAGGAAAGAAGGCUCAGGGACAAAAGAUGUCUGUUCGACUGAGCCUUGUUUCUCAUCCUAGAGAAGAAACAGCUUCAGUGGUCCCAACAUUUUCAGGCCCCUUAUCCCCAUGAAUUUUGACUCAAAUUACAGGGUCUUCACGUACAUGAGAAGUGGGAAGCUUCUCCUAUGGAGCAAUAGUACAGAUCCUGUACAACAAUAACAUGAUUAAUGUCAGUUUUUACAUCUGUAUUUGAGAAAAAUUACAUAAUUAUGUCCUGCCUUCAUAACAGGGCCUCAGCCAAAAACCUCAAGAGCUUUGUGUUUGAAAAGUGAAUAAAAUAUUUCUAGGAUCAUUGUUUUCUGAUGACAUAGGAGUACAUUGUGCAAUUACCUGUACCAAAUAACUUCAUGUUUGGACUUUUAAGGUAUAAUAAAGCAUGUUUUUUA